CAGAGCGUGGUGAGCCGGGUGGCCAACCUGGCCCUGGUGAGCUGUGCCUGCGGGGCUGUCACCACGGCGUACGCCACCACCAAGGAGAGUCACCCCUACGUCAAAUUUCCCAUCAUCAACAAAUGCGCCUGCAAAGGGCUGGAGAAGCUGGAGGAGAAGCUAGAGGAGAAGCUAGGGAGAGUUUCCACCGCCAACGAAUACGCCUGCAAAGGGCUGGACAAGCUGGAGGAGAAGCUGCCCAUCCUGCAGCAGCCCCCCGAGAGGGUGGUGGCAGAGACCAAGGAGCUGGUGUCCUCCACGGUGAGCGGGGCGGUGGGUUUGGUGCAGGGCGGCGUGGAGAGGACGCGCUCGGCGCUCAGCACCGGUGUCAGCACCGUGGUGGGGUCCCGCGUGGGUCAGCUCCUGGCCACCGGGAUGGACACGGUACUGGGGAAAUCGGAGGAACUGGUGGAGCGAUACCUGCCCGGGACGGAUGAGGAACCAGCCAGGUGGUUCUCACUCCGUGUCCCCACAGCGGUGGCAGACGUGGUGGUGGCCACGCCAGCGCGGCAGAGCCGGCGGCAGAGCUGCUUCGUCCGCGUGGGCUCCCUCUCGGCCAAGCUGCGGCACCAAGCCCUGCGCAUCUCCAUGGCUGAGCUGCAGCGGGCACGGCACAGCGCCCAGCAGGUCCUGGCCCAACUUCACCGCAUCUUCGAGCUGAUCGAGCGGGGACGGCGGGGCAUGGACGGGCCCCUGUAUGGCACCCAGCAGCAUCUCCACCGCAUGUGGGUGGAGUGGAGCCGGCAGGAUGCUGUGCCCAUGGACGAGAGCGAGGUACAGGGUGGAGCCAUGCCAGGCAGGAGGAACAUCACACCCCAGGUCCACCACUGCCCACUGGUUGCCUUGCAGGUGGAGAUCCGCCGCCUGGCCGCCAGCGCCCGGGGUUUGCCCAGCAGCGUGCAGGAGACGGCGGGACACGUCCGCCAUGGCAUGGAGGGUGUCCAGGCUUCCCUCGCCCGUGCCCAUUCCAUCCAUGAACUGUCGGAUCUGGUGCUGGUGCAGAGCCGGGAGACGGUGCUGCGGGCGCAGUUGAGCAUCGAUGAGCUGCUGGAGUACGUGGGGCAGCACGCGCCCCUGCCCUGGCUGGUGGGACCCUUCGCCCCAGCCCUGGUUGAGUAUCCAGAGGAUGUCCCAGUGGAGAUGUCCAAGUGGGAGGGUUGUAUCACCGUAGGGGUGGUGAACCCCAUCCCCACUGGGGACAAGGUGAUGAUGGACUUGGUGAUGAUGGAUCUGGUGAUGAUGGACUCACUGAUGAUGGAUUUAGUGAUGAUGAACCUG